GAAGAUACUUUGGAAGAGACGGGUUGGAAAUUGGUGCACGGUGACGUCUUUCGUCCACCACCAAACUCGAUGCUUCUGGUGAACUUCGUGGGCGCUGGUAUUCAGUUGAUUGGUAUGGUAGCAGUUACUGUCUUCUUUGCGAUGCUUGGAAUGCUCUCACCAGCAAGUCGUGGAUCGUUGAUGUCCGCAGCAGUCGUCCUCUAUUGUUUGAUGGGUCUUGUUGCCGGUUAUCAUGCCGGACGACUUUACAGGACUUUGAAAGGCUCGAAACCACGUAGAUGUGCAUUUCAAACGGCUGUGCUUUUCCCAUCAAUCAUUCUUGGUAUCGGCUUCUUGCUAAACUUUUUCCUGAUUGGAAAACAUUCAUCGGGGGCUGUACCAUUUACAACAAUGAUUGCUCUUUUGCUGCUAUGGUUCGGUGUUGAUUUACCGCUCGUAUUUCUUGGAUUUCAUUUCGGCUAUCGUAAGCAGGUAUUGCGUUUCCUCUUCCUGCAAACACUCAUUUCUUUUUUCUUUAACUACAAGCUUUAA